AUGACCCCAUCACCACGACCACAACAGGGCAAAAGCCUAAAUGUGAUCGCCCUAAUAUCUGGAGGAAAAGACUCUCUCUACUCUCUCCUCCACUGCAUCCGCAACGGCCACAAAGUCAUCGCCCUUGCAAAUCUCCACCCCCCGGUCCAAGAUGCCCAAGAGCCGGAAGAAGACAUUGACAGCUUCAUGUACCAAACCAUCGGCCACGCCGUAAUCCCACUCUACGAGCAGGCCCUGAACAUCCCACUCUACCGCGCCCCCAUCUCCGGCGGUGCGGUCGACACAGCCCGCAUCUACCGCAAUGAUGCUGCAGAUCAGAUGGUGGAGUCCGGGCAGGAAGACGAGACGGAGUCGCUCGUUCCGCUGCUCAAACGGGUGAUGGAGUGUCAUCCGGAGGCGAAUGCCGUCUGUGCGGGGGCUAUCUUGUCCACUUAUCAACGGACGAGGAUUGAGAAUGUGGCGUUUCGGCUUGGGCUGACACCGUUGGCUUGGUUGUGGAAUUAUCCGGUGCUCCCAGCGCCGGUGGAACGGGCGGGCGUGGUUACGCAGGCGGGGCUGUUGGAGGAUAUGGCGGGGGUUGGAUGUGAGGCGAGGAUUAUCAAAGUUGCCUCUGGGGGGCUGGAUGACGGGUUUCUAUGGGGGGAUGUUUCGAGUCGGGAUGGGCUUGUGCGAAGGAAGAUUGAGAGGGGCAUGAGGAGAUUUGUGGUUGAUGAUUUGGGGGGUGCUGUUCUUGGGGAGGGGGGUGAGUAUGAGAGUCUGGCGGUUGAUGGGCCUGCGUUUCUUUGGAAGGGGAGGAUUGAGAUUGCCGAGAGGGAGGUCUGUUCUGGGGAAGGGGGUGUUGGGUUUGUGAGGCUUCGGCGGGCGAGGUGUGUGAGGAAGGAUGGGGAGGAUGGUGUUUCUCCGGAGGAUGUGAGGCGGCCGGCGUUGUUGGAUGAGACGUUUUCUGGGGUUUUGGAUGGGGUGGUGUCGGAUGUGAGGGAUCUGGAUGUCAUCGAGACGGUGAAGGAAUCUCAGCCUGUGUGGCGGCUUGGGGAAGUCGCUCAGUCGAGGAAUGGCGGCACUUGGGCUAUCUCGAAUCUUGCGGCGCCUGAGGCUGGCCCUGGUGCUGGGGAGCAGAUGGAGGCGAUUGCGCGGAAGAUACAGCUUAUUUUGGAGUCUACGGGUACUCAGACUCCAGCUGAUAUUGUCUUUGCUACGGUUUUGAUUCGCUCUAUGGUUGAUUUCCCGUUGAUGAACGAUAUCUACGUUUCGCUUUUCAAAAAGCCGAACCCUCCCGCCAGAGCUACGGUGGCUUGUGGGGAUAGUCUCCCCGAGGGGGUAAAGAUUAUGGUCUCGUUGGUCAUCGAUUUGGGCCCCAGGGAUCUGCGGCAGGGCCUUCAUGUUCAGUCCCGUUCGUACUGGGCCCCGGCUAAUAUUGGACCGUAUUCACAGGCUAUGUCUACCCCGGUGCAGGCAUCAGAGCGGCUGGUGUAUAUUGCCGGUCAGAUACCUCUGGAACCGGCGUCGAUGGAUAUAGUCGCUGGCCCGGAGUCAUGGCUUGAGAGCUACUCCUUGCGAGCGGUGUUGUCUUUGCAGCAUAUGUGGAGGGUUGCGGCGGCGAUGCAGGUUGACUGGUGGUUGGGGGCAGUUGCGUAUCUAACGGGAACAGACCACAUGGAUACCAAAGCCCACAUCGCAUGGAGUCUCUGGGAGACGUUGCAUGCCCAGCAAACCGAUUCAGACGAGGAUGACGAAGAACCAGCGUUGGAUGCUUGGGACAUCAAGUAUGGAGGACGAGCUUAUGACCAACCAACAAAGUCAGAGGCAGCUGCUUUGCCAAACAUAUCCGUGGUGCAGUCGGACGUGCUGGUUCCUCCCUUCUUUGCUGCCCAGGUUGCUGAACUACCCCGGGGUAGCGAUAUCGAAUGGCAGGGUUUGGGUUAUCGGUGUGGUGGUUUGAGGAUGGCUGCGGAAGAAUUGGAUGUUGGUCGCAAGAUCGACACCAUCACGGACGAGAAUCUGCGAUACACAGGAGUCGAGAUUGGCAAAGAAUCAGGCCCUGAACUGGAGUCGUGCCUGCAGCGCAUUCUCGAAAGAUACUCCACAGCGGGUGUUUCCCAUGCAGUUCUCUACACAGCACAGCCGCUGUCCGGGAAUAGUUGGCCGGGUCAGAUCGUGCCUUGCACGUCAGUAUGGGGCCAGAAAGGGCGGCAAUUGGCGGCUGGGAUCAUCCUACAGACGCAUAACCCCACGGACGCGUGGUCCGAGUAG